GGGCAGUUCACAGAGCACUCUCCAGCUGACCACAGAGUGACAGACUGACUCGGAGUAAAUUGCAGGGCUCCAGGGGCAAUAUCCCAGCAGAAUGAAAUAUGCGCAGUAUGUGUUCCUGGCAGCAGUGCUCUCGGGUGUUGAACACUGCCUGGCUCAAAGCUGUGUAGUGGAUUCUUUCUCUGUGAAGGACAACUUCGACCAGCAACGGUAUGCAGGGAAAUGGUAUGCCCUCGCAAAGAAAGACCCGGAAGGCCUCUUCCUUCAGGAUAACAUCUCGGCUGAGUACACCGUGGAGGAGGACGGCACUAUGAUUGCGUCUUCCAAGGGCAGAGUGAAGCUCUUUGGAUUCUGGGUGAUCUGCGCGGAUAUGGCUGCUCAGUACACAGUCCCAGACCCCACCACCCCAGCGAAGAUGUACAUGACUUACCAAGGCCUGGCUAGCUACCUGUCUAGCGGAGGGGACAACUACUGGGUGAUUGACACCGAUUACGACAACUAUGCCAUUACAUACGCCUGCCGCAGCCUGAAAGAGGAUGGCACUUGUGACGACGGCUACUCCCUUAUCUUCUCACGCAAACCCCGUGGUCUCUCACCGGACAUUCAGCGCAUUGUGCGUCAGAAGCAGGAAGAGAUUUGCAUGUCUGGCCAGUUCCAGCCAGUGCUGCAGACAGGGGCCUGCUGAAGAAUGCAUUUGUGGUUCCAUUUCUAAGAGCAGAAACUAGACUCCAGGUCUUAAAAUUGUUGUUCACUUAAAAAUCAAAUAGUUUGCACCAUUGGUUUUUUUUUUUUCCUGAAAAAUGUGUUAAAAUGUGUGGUUGUGUUUGGUUUUUUUGUAACCCGAGUGCAAUUUUCAAAGGAAUAAUGGUAAUGUGAUGUUUUUUUAAAAACCUCUAAAUGUGAUUUUUGCUAUCUACUGCCUGCCUCAUUUAACCUAGCUUCAUAUUUUAAUUUCUAAGCAAUAAAGCCUGCUGGGACCAGAAUUCUGAUGUGAGAUUGAUAAUGCAUAACU